AUGUCAUCGAGAGUUGCGUCCCGAGCGGCGUCGCUCGCGUCGUUUGCGGUGCGGCGGCACGCCUCCACCACCGCGACGGCGCCCGACCUCCCCAGCGAGAUAUUCAAGCGCUCCAAGCACAACAAGCUCGGGCUGUCGAAGGUCCUGGACGACGUCACCAUGCGUUCGGGCGAGCACGACAUGAGGGUGUUCGGCACGGGCACCCUGGCGGCGCUCACGUCGAAGUCCGCUUACGUCUCCUUCACCGCGAGCCACUACCACUUCUACAGCGAGCUGGAGAACAGGCUCGACGAGGCUCACAGGGCGGACACCCCCUCGGGGCAAGUCUGGGGGAAGUUCGCGUCGGAGCUGAGGAGGGCUCACAGGCUGGAGAGGGACCUCGAGGAUCUGUUGGGGACGAGCGUCGGGGCUCACCCUCCAUCCCCAGCGACGUCGGAGUACGUCGCCGCCAUCGCCGACGCCGCGGAGCGUGAACGCGGCGGUCCACCUCUCCUGUUGGCGCACUUCUACACCAGGUAUCUCGCCGACCUGUUUGGAGGAUCCAUGAUGGGCUGGCCCACGCGUCGCGCGCUCGGACUGGCGGACGUGCCCGCGUUUUACACCCACGACGACGCGUCGAUAAACGACGACAGGUUCGAGUACGUGGAGAGGGUGUACGCCGCCAUCAACGCCGCGGCGAGAGGCGCCGACGACGCGGUCGUCUCCGCGGUGGCUGACGAGGCUAAACUUGCGUUCCGGUGCAACGCGGGAGUGUACCGGGAGGAUGGCCGGGGUUCGUCGCUCUCGGCGGCGUUGGGCGGGGCGCGGGUGAUGUGGGGGUACGCGAAGGAGCGGGUGUGGGGCGCGAGGGAGCAGAGGGACCUGUUCGGCAGGUUGGUCAAGCGAAGGGACCCGGUGACUGGCGAGUUCAGGUAG